GCGUUUUUCUCAAAUGACGUCUUCACAGUUGGGAGAACUAGAAGGAAAUGGCCAGUCACCUCCACGUGCCCACAAGCUACAGGUUACAAUCCUAGCAUCAGAAUGGGGAUCAGAUAAGGGUGGAGUGUCCACCUUCACCAGAGAGUUUGCCAUUCAAUUGGCUAAAUUUCCUGAAGUCAAAGUUUCGUUAUUUGUACCACAGUGCAGUGAGGAGAACAAGAGAACUGCUCUUCGUAGAAACAUUGAAAUUGUCAAAGCAAAAAGGCGACCUGGAUACGAUGAACUCGACUGGCUGAGUUUUCCUCCAAAUCAGCAGGAAAUUGACGUUGUUUUUGGUCAGGGUGUGAAGCUUGGGCAUCAAGCUCAAGUUAUAAGAGAAUCUCGCGGUUGUAAGUGGUUAAAAGUUGUCCACACAGACCCGGAGGAGCUUGCAAUGUACAAGUCCUAUCAAAAUCCCAUUUCAUCCGGGGAGAAAAAGCACGAAACAGAGGUGGAACUUUGUGCAAUGGCAGACCUAAUUUUUGGCGUUGGGCCAAAGUUAUACGAGUCCUUUCGUGGUUAUCUUCGUCCUUACAAGAAAAGCAACGCUAUUCUAGAUAUUACCCCCGGAGUUUUUGACGAAUUUCUGAAUAUCGAACAUGUCAAAGAGGAUGGGAAACAGUGUAAAGUUCUAGUCUUUGGCCGAGGAGAUGCUGAAGACUUUGAGUUGAAAGGUUUCGACAUAGCAGGCAAAGCUGUUUCCAAGGUUCAAGACGCUCAUCUCACUUUCGUUGGUGCUCCGGAGGGAAAGCUCGAAGAGAUAGCAGAGCGCUUUCGCCGUUGCGGUGUACCCGCUAGUCGCCUUACCGUAAGAAGCUUUGUGCAGGACCGAGAGCGUUUGAAGCAGUUGUUCUGCGAAAUGGAUCUUGUGCUCAUGCCAUCCCGCUCAGAAGGAUUUGGCCUAACUGGUCUAGAGGCAUUAUCAGCUGGUCUCCCUAUGCUUGUCAGUAGGAACUCAGGAUUCGGAGAAGCGCUGAGUAAAGUACCAUUUGGUGAGUCAUGUCUGAUCGGGUCAGAGGAUUACAAUGAAUGGGCAAAGGAGAUCAAGAAGGUCUGGAAGAGAGACAGACGGAUGCGACUCCAAGAGGCUGAAAAACUUCGAACCUCCUAUAGUGAGAAAUACAACUGGACCACGCAGUGUAGUGAUUUAGUCUUUCAAUUGAUCAGCAUUUUUAAUGGGAAACAGUCAUUCUGUAAACAACUGCAAGAAAUGCUAGACAAACGUCACUGUUAGAUUCCACACUGGCCUCUCAUCCUUCCAAUUCCUCAUAAGUACUUUUAAUGCCAUAAAACCAACCGCAGACAAAGUGUAUUCUUGGUCACAAAUACAGCGAAUUAGGAAUAAGGGAAAAUCUGAUGUAGAAGUCAUGAGGAGCACUGUCAAAACAUGUAUACUUUCUUUAUUUGACCAAUUUUACUUGUGCCUGACUAAGUUAAGGCUGGGUACUUUAAGUGAAAAAUUGGCUGAGGAUUUCAAUAUUUCUGUUUCAACUGUAAGUCGUGUAUUUUUAUCAUGGGUUUACUUUCUGUAUUUUUUAUCAUGGGUUAACUUUCUGUAUUUUGUAUUGGGGACCCUCUCUAUCUGGCCAUCUAUAGCUAAAAUUGAUAAGCAUUUGCCACAAAGUUUUAAGUUGCUGUAUUCCAAGUGCCGUGGUAUUAUAGAUGCUUUUGAAAUCAAGGUGCAGGCACCUUCUAGCAUGCUUUUAAACAGUCCAUGUUGUUCAUCAUACAAGAGCCACACAACAUACAAGGGCAAUGUUGUUAUAUCACCCUUGGGUGAGGUGAUUCAUGUGAGCUCACUUUUUGAGGGAAGUAUAUCUGAUAAAGAAUUAGUAAGCCAAUCAGGACUUUUAAACUUGCUUUACAAAAUUAUGGCAGACAAGGGUUUUACCAUUGGUGAUCUUUUGAGCCAAUAGGAUGUACGGUUACAAUGCCUACCUUUCUAUCAAGCAAGGGGAAGUUUUCUAAGAAGGGAAUAGAUAGUAGCAAGCAGGUGCAUAAUUUAAGAGUUCACGUAGAGAGGGCCAUUAGAAGGGUUAAGGAACUUCACUUUUUUGAUAGGAUAAUUCCCCUCACUUUAGCAGGAAGUAUUAACGAAAUGUGGACAGUAGCUUGUCUAAUAACUAAUUUUCAAGGUUCCUUAUUUUAUAACCAAUCAUAAACAAUCAGUGAUUUUAAAGUUCAAAAUAAGAUUUAUUGGGAUACUUUCACACUGUCAGCAAGGGCAAAAGAGGUUGUUCUCUUUGUUAGAUACCCAUAUAUGAUUGAAGUAUAAUACAAUUUUCUGUUUAACCCAGCCUAACUCCUGGUUCAUGUAGUUGACAUAAUGUUAGGGAAAGCAGCUAAUUCAAUUCACUUGGUUUUUGUUGCCUUUAAACAUUACAAUAUAAUAAAAUGUUAAAUUAUAAAAGCUUUUGCUUUCUUGUGUUGUUAUGUUCAACGGGUUGCCCAACUGAACCAGCAUAUGUCAAUUGCAAAAUAAAUAUUUUUGUAAUAAAGUACUUUUUUAUUGGAUACAUGAUGGAAGGUGAUGGUUAAAAUAAUAAAGGUGCAGUUUUUCUUGCAUUUCUGAAAAAACCUGUCUGUCAAAGUAAAUUCUCUCGCAAUGAAAUUCUUGUCGGCAAUACACAAAACUGCAGUCAUUUCUCACUAUUUCAACUGUCGACGAGCGCUUAAAAAUAACUGACAAUCAAUGAGAUUCCUCGUUCUUUCUCCUGCUACGGUCGCAUCUCGCUCGAACCGUAAUGCUCAAAUCAACAUCUUUGACCAUUUCCACUGCAAUUAUUAUUUGAAUAUAU